GCUCAGCGAGGGACCUCGGCAGUUAGGGCUGAGAACAUCGCCAACGAGUAGUAGGGUCUGGCAAGCUCGUGCUGCCAUAGGUAAGGGUAUCAGAUUCCCCUCCACUGACGGCAAGGACGAGGAUGCGAGUUUAUCUCCCACCCAAGCCCAUAUUUUGCGGCAAGCGGGAUAGACGCAGCAAGUUGUGCACCGGUGCAUGCGGUCGAAUCGGCCGAGACGCCAUAGUCCGAUGCGCGCUCAACCAGUCGCAUUUCGUGAUCGUGUCGGUCGGGGGGGGUGGCCCGGCAUCUGGAGGGCACGAGAACCCCGUCAACAUCGAGGCCGGCUGGCCGGUCGAGGCUGGCAGGCGCCCGAGUGUGACCAGCCGAGACGACCCCAGUGCCUGUGCCUCGCUCAGCUCACCUCGGCCACCUCACCUCGCGCCACGGCGGCGCAGGAACAGGGACAGGUGAUGGGCCGAGCUCGGCACGGGGCAGGGAGAAGAGGGUUCCAUCGGGCGCCCACAAGCGUCAAAAAGUCGGGACAUUGAGACGCUGGGAAGAGGCGGACGAGGUGAUUUGAUCGUGAGCCUGGGGCCAUAAUAGGUCGACAGAUGGGGUUGCGCCUUGCCUAACAUACAGUAUACUUGGCCGCCGAGCUCCACCACAACUCCACAGCCGGCUGACCACCGAGGCCUUCCCUCUCCCCCACAGCCUCUCCUCCAUUCCCCGCACGAACGUGGUCCCCAGGUCGCGGAUACUUGGCAGAAUGCCUGCAGUCACGCGGGCUGUGGCGUUCCUUCCCCACAGUAUUCAGGUACUGGCUACCGGACAGACUAAUCACUAGGUACCUAGUAGGCAAGGACGUACUCCGUACUUUCCCCUGUCGUCAGAUCAUGUGUGUGAGAGAGAGAGAGGGAAAAAAAGACGUCGACCACAGUACAUACUAGCAGGGUGCAGGUGAAGGAGGUCGGCCGGACACUUGUCCUGAUCCUCACCAGGUUGCGGCACUACCAGCUACCAGUUGACCAAGAACCAGCCGAGCAGUCCGGCACUGGCUGCGGUGAGCCCGCGAGAGCCCACCCAUUCUUCUUGGUCCUCGGGGCGUCGAGAUCCUCGGCCACACAAUAUCACCCAAGUCCCGUCGUCAAUGCGACACCAGGGUGGAGGAAGGGACCCUGGCUAAAUGCAAAAAUACUGAACUCACUGCACCCCAGCAAGUCCUUCCCAUCUAUCCGGGACGUGUGCCCUGACCAGGUUCGGACCAGGCCCUGGCCCUGGUUCCUCCCCCCCCUCCCCGCCCCGAGGUGGGCACUGGGCAGACACAAAAUGCUGCAGACCGGUCCACCACUACGGUGUACACACACACUAAGAAAAUAAAGCUGGGCAAGAGCCAGGGGGUAGGACCGACAGGACGGUCUUGGCCCGCCUCGUCCAUAUUGUUCUGUGUCUAAUUACCGCUACUGGAGCAACUGUGGAGCGCGCAUGACAGCGCUGUCGGCCUUGCUGGAGCAUGACGAGCUGCUUCUGCUGACACGCGUGCCCUCACAGGAGAAAGAGUGGCCGUUAUAACGAUAAGAGGAUAUCAUGUCCGGCCUGCGAUCGCCCGUCUCGCGGGGUCUGGGGUCUACCGUCGCCGCAUUCAGCAUAAUUGGUUCUGGACUCGUCGUCUUCGUCCUUGCCUCCAACCUCUUCCUGCUCACCGGCCUCGUUCCUGAUCUUUUCCGCUGCUGCCGCCUCUGGGACCUGUUGAUUCGCCCAGGUAUUUUGCCGGAAUCCGUCUCAGAUCCAGACACCAUGUUCAAGGAAUCCAUCAGCUCCGCAGGGAUGGCUGCGCUUGCGCUGCCCGGCCAGACGGCUGCUACCCUCCUCUACGCCACCACCUACCUCGAUACCAUCACCACGCUGAGCCUCAAGGGCUCUAGCCUCCAGCCCAUUGCCUCCACGCCGGGCUGUGGCGCUAAUUCAUCGUGGCUGACUCCUGAUUAUGCAAACAAUGUCAUCUACUGCCUGGACGAGGGCCUGACCACUCCCAACGGCACUCUGUCCUCCUUCGCCCUCACCAGCAAUGGCACCCUGUCCCAACUGGACAUCGUCGACACCCUCAGCGGCCCUGUAUCUGGUGUGAUAUACGGCAAGGCCGGCAGUGGCCUGGCUCUGGCGCAUUACUCUGGCUCCUCAGUAGCCGCCUUCGACAUCUCGGACGCGAGCUCGCUCGCGCCGGUCCAGGCCGAGACUUACACCCUCGAUGCGCCAGGGCCCAACCCUGAGCGGCAGGAUGCGCCUCAUCCCCACGAGGCCCUGCUUGAUCCCACCGGGCAGUUCCUCCUCGUCCCGGACCUGGGUUCGGACGUCGUUCGCCUGUACUCUGUAGACGAGGACGGGCUCACCUUCACCGAACUGGAGCCCCUCGCAGCCGUCCCCGGCACCGGGCCCCGCCAUGGCGCAUUCCUUGUCACCGAGGACGGCACCACCUACUUCUACCUUGUUGGCGAGCUGUCCAACACCGUCACCGGCUUUGAGGUCACCUACAACAAUGACAAGACCCUCGGCUUCACCGAGGUCUACGUCAGCAGCACCCACGGUCUGAACGAGACGGUGCCCAACAACCAGACCACCGCGGCCGAGAUCGCCAUCUCGCCCGACAACAAGUUCCUGCUUGUCUCAUCCCGGGGCGAGGGCGUGCUGAAGAUCCCCAACUUCGACCCGGCCAACAGCACCGAGAUCGUCUCGGACCCCAUCUUCACCUUCGAGAUCGACCACGCCUCAGGAGCCCUCACCAAGGUCCAGCAGUUCCCGGCUGGCGGAAGCAUCCCCAGGCAGUUCAGCAUCAACGCCGACGGCAGCCUCGUGGCGGUCGGACUCCAGAACGACGGACGCGUCGUCAUCAUUGGGCGGGACGUGGAGACCGGACUGCUGACCGACUUUGUUGCCUCUGUCGACCUUGGCGGCCAGCCCACCAGCGUCAUCUUCGGUGCCGAGUAGAGGCACUUACUCUUGUUCUUGCAGGCGUUUUGGCUGGACUCAGCGGAUGACUGUGGAUUAUGAAGAAUAUUCAAGUGUAUAUAUUCAAGCGUUAGCUUGCGAACCCGCCUGUCUGGCUCGCUAGCUCUUCAGCUAGCCAGCCAGCCCCCACGCGGACUCCGCGUGGGCAUGCAUAAUGAGCACAGGCAAGGA